UUUGCUCUGCUUUCGUGGUCUCCGCGGUCCGGGUUAGCAGCUAUUUUAUUUCGCUGCUCUGCUCGAGAUUGUUGCUUUUAUUAGUAUUAUUUUUUUUUUCUUCUUUCAUCUCGCUCCACUCGGCGUGCUUCGGAUCGUGCGCGUCUCAAGAGCUCUGCUGCGUUUGUCGUCCUCAAGCGGGCGGCACAUCGCAUCGUCUCGUCGUCGCUGUCGGUUUGCACUAAACUCGCGUGCGCUUCUCGCGGUUUUUUUUCCCUGGCUGGAUUUGGUUGGAUUGAUCGGUUUGGUGGCCACUCAGCGCCACUACAGUAGGGCGCAAAAACGAAAUCUACGUCGCGCGGUAGUGGUCAUCCUCCCCGUAGGACCAAGGGAGUCCCCGUAUCGUCGUCGCCGUCAUCGUCCUCGGCAAGAGUAACUAAUUCUAGAGCCACCGAUUCGAUGGUUCGCUGUUACCGUUUAUCUAGCUAGCUGGUGCUUGAGGUUGCGAGUGCCGCAGGCUGUAAUUAUUGGCAGUGACUAUUAUUUCUCCGAUCCGUGGUCCUCCACGGCACGCUAUAAGGAAGAAACUGCGACGAAUCGGGAAGAACUUAACUUGGUUGUGUUGUGAGUGUGUUCGGCGAGCGCGGGGAGUUUGGAAUACCUGACGCCGCUGGGAGGUGAGGUAAACUGCGAGAACAAAACAGCAAAACAGAACUGAAACAGAGAAGAAUCAGAAUCUGGAGCAGUAGUGCGAAGUUCUAUUCUGACUCGUGGAUGUGUGACCGAGUUCCUCGAGAACGGAAGUGAUUGUACUGCGGAAGAGGAAAGCUAGAAUUGAUCAGUGCUAACAAUAAAUGGAUACGAUUCGUGUUUCAAAGGUUGAUAUAUCGAGCGGGUGAUGAAUGUAAAGGUGAUUUUUGAAAGUUUCAAACAAACAACAUCAACGGGUGAUUAAGCGACGAACGCAAUUGGUGACGACGGUUACUUAUCGAGAGUGGCAAAAAAAUCAUGAACAUGUGCGUUGCUAUCGGAAUACACAAUAACCAGAUCGCAAGGUUGAGCACCGAGAGGUGCUUUUGUCGCCAUCAACAGUUUGUUUGGGUAUUACGAAACCCGGCCAGAGGCUAGGCAUAAAAACCGUCUGCAAGUAGAGCAGAGCUAGUUGAGAUGGGAUUAAGCACGUGGUUGAGUGAUAACUACUUGAUGACUAAGUUCUAGAUACCAACAAUUCGCCUUCGACAUGAACUAAAACUAUUCGUAACAUACAGUGAACUGCCACUUUGAGAUACCAAUUCGCAAUCGUUUGGGAUUGAUAUAAACGGACGAACAUUAAAGUGACAUCAACGCAAAAGCAGCGACGAACCAGCCUUCAUAUAAUACUUGAUCACCCAGCCUACUACUCAAACCGUACCACGUCCAGCAAAUCCUGUCACUCACAGUCACUUGGCAAACGAAACUUUCUGCGACAACGUUCAUUAGACUAAUUAGGUAACCAUCGCGAAUCAUCGUGUCGAGCGUGAUUGUGAUCUGAUAACACCGCAGGACAACAACGGGCAACAACAGCAAAAAAAGGUGAAGUUUCGUGCGGUCUGAUUCCCGAUACAAACACAACAAAAACAACAACGCCAAAAAAAAAAAACUGAACAGACGACUGAGUUAGUGCGCGAUUAAAGAUAAUGACGAAUGAUUACCGACUUCAUCCCGCUGUUUUCUCGACCAUCAUCAGUGCGACAGAGCGAGAGCAGGUGUGCGAGUUGUGCUAGUUACUGGAAGAAAGUGAAACUGUAGCACUCUCCGGAGGCAGACCUUGGGUGCAAGGAUUUUUUCCCGCUCUCGUACGUGUGGAGUGCAGUAAAGAAGAAAAAAAAGUUGGCGAGUGUCCCACGGUACCCCCGUCGGCGGAUUGUAGUGAAGUCAUUUGCAAUUAAUCGAACCGAACGAAUGAACCGGGAAGCGGUGGGAAGGGGAAGGGAAAAAGUGCCUUUUUUGUGUGUUCGAUUUGGGAUUAAAUUAUAAAAUAAAAAAGUAUCGGAUGGACUGCGGCGGCUUAUGCUAAUUAGCUGUCCUGCGUCGACGAGCGCGGGAAUUCAAAGUGCGUGGUUUCAAUUUUCGAACCGUAAGGUGAAGAUUCGUAGGACAGUGUGAUCACACGGACUGAAAACAAGAAGACAUACAAAAAGACUUUGCGGGAAGAGCAAACCACGAGAGGUGAAGUGAUGCGUUGACUUUUUGAGGUCCUGAAGUGAUCGUUACGUAGUAGUUGUUCCUGACCUUUGCGAUAGCGGUGUGAUCUUUCGGCGUAAAAUUCCUUAUCCAUAUACACAUACAUAUACACACACACGUACGCCGAGAGAGAUCAGUGCGAAACGGACCUAAGCAGAAGACAUUCAAGAGCGGUGGUUAUGGAAUGUACGAAGAAAAAUAAGAUCAUACUCCGUGCUCCGGUUCAACAAUCAGCUCAUGUCGGCGGAAUGAUGAAAAUAUGCUCAAAAAGUCAGCCACUCGAGCGUCUCGGUUCGGACUGACCUUUCCUGUGUGGAUCUUUGACGACUUCGAAGUGGUCGUGUUUGUGUUAUAAAUAAUUUCAAGUGCCCCAGCCUCCAACGAAGAGUUAUCUUCCUGCGUGUAAAAUAUUUCUCAACCCGCUUGCCCUACCAGCUCCUACCUACCGGGAACCUCGGCCGGACUGUCUCGGUCGAAAGAGUGACUUUUAACGAGUGAAGAUCGGGCGAACAUUUACUAAAUGACACUUUGUGUUAAUGUGCAGUGCCCUCCACAGUUUUGACUUUUUGCUGCGUCCUUCGGAUGACAUUAAGAUAAAGUUGUACUAAAAGAAGAGCGAACGUGUGUCUGGUCGUUCGCCGGAUUGACUGAUCUGGUAAAGGUCGAGGAAGCCUGCAAAGAAUCAUCUUUAUUUGGCAGGCUGGCUGGCUGAUGUGUUUGCUUCGGGGAAGCUAAGAAAGUGAGUGGAGAGGCUGCGGGCUACACGAGCCCAAAAAAGUGCAGACGGCUGGAAAAACAAACAAAACUCCAGUGGAUACCGACCUGGUGGAGCAAAUCCGCCCGGAUUUGUGUCGGGUGUGAAGAAGAGCCCACUCGGCCAGCUUUGAAGUACAAUAGUGCCCAUUAUAUUGGGUAGCACCGAAUCGCGUGGUGGUCGCCGUCAAGUGCCAGAGUGCCGAGGAAGAACAAAACUGAUUUUAUUUCGUUUUUUGAAAAGUCACACUUUCAAGUGUGGAUCAUCUGUGUGCCGGUGUGCGGUGGACCCUCGCAGAAACGACGGACCUCAGCUCUGCUCUGGGAGAGUGAAGUGGAACAUAUCUCGAAAGCACUGGACCGAGUGUGUGUGUUUUGGUGGAUUUUUUUUAUCGCCUUCGUCGUGCUUUCGACUGGAGUGAUUCCGUCGGGGAAGGAGCUGUAGCACCUGUAGCGAAGAUAUCGUCAUCAUCAUCAUCAUCAGUAACAACAUAAACGAGACCCACCUUGCGAAACCUGCUGCCACUCCGCCAAUUGGAUGCUGAAACCUUGAAAAAAUCAAUCAACUCUUCAGCGUAGAGAGAGACAGAACAUAAAAAAAUCUGACCAACCUGCCACAUCAACACUGCCUGCUAGAGAGAACACAAAAAAAAAUGGAUCGACUCUAAUCACUUCAGACGCUGCUUCGGUCGUAACAAAACAGCCGUAACGAGACGAAAGACGCGAUCGGGCACAGAUCUUAAUUUUUGCGGCAUUGUUUCAGCGACUCUCGUCCACCUCUUUUUUGUUUUCCGAGGCGAUUUCGUAUAAAAAUAGAAACCUCGCGGACCGCACCUGAUUGGGGAAAAGGUUUCUCCCCGACCCGAGGAAUGCCAAGGGAGAUCGUGUAGUGAUUAAGCUUCCUGGAAAGAUGCGAGAAAAAGAUCACUCACCGAGAAAAAUGCUUCCCAGUCCUAAGCAAGGGGCGGUCUACCCACUACUUGGUAUGGGUUCGACCGUGUCAGCCCAGCUUCCGUACGAUUUCUCCACCAACAACCGAUCAUCGUCCUCAAACUUGCUCCACCAGCAGCAGAGUUUGCUAGAUCAACCACUGGAUCUGCGGGUUGAUCACAAAAAGUCCACCAACAGCAGUAGCUCGACAUCCGAUGAAGAGGAACUACCGCGAACGUCCGCGGAGGAUGUCAAACCUAGCAGUGUGAUACCUUUCCAGGAUAAUAACAACAAUAACAACGUUAGUAAUAACAAUACCGCAAAUAAUCGCAAAAGCCCGAGUCCUAUCAGCAAUAACAACAACAACAAUAAUAAUAAUAAUGUAAAAUAUACCAACAACAAUCACAUAAACGUUAAGGACGAGUUCCGAAUAUCUAACCUAACCGGUCACAAUCCUCCUAUAUUCCCGCCGCCGGGAAUAAACCCGCUCAUGCUGGAAGCGAUCGCGAAAGCAGGUCUACCCCUGCCAGGCUACCGAAACUCAUUCCUGCCUGCCCGAUCACCGGUUGCCUACGAUCUUCAGCGGUUAAAGGAACGCGAUGUCCUUGCCGCCAGUCUUUCGCAACUCCGCCAAGGAGCGAACGGGAACGGGAUCCCAAAUAACAAUAACAACAACAACAAUAAUAACAACUCCAACAGCAUCAACCAUAACCUUCCGCCCGGGGCAGCUAAGAACAAGGAUCGCUACUCGUGCAAAUUCUGUGGCAAAGUAUUCCCCCGAUCUGCAAAUCUUACCCGCCACCUCCGAACGCACACCGGCGAACAGCCGUACAAGUGCAAAUACUGCGAACGUUCCUUCAGUAUAUCGAGCAACCUCCAACGCCACGUACGGAAUAUCCACAACAAAGAACGUCCCUUCAAGUGUGCCCUCUGUGAGCGUUGCUUCGGUCAGCAGACCAACCUCGAUCGCCACCUCAAAAAGCACGAAGCGGACGCCGCCGGUCUCGGUCUAGGUCUGGACGAACGUCUCCGAGCAGCGCGACGAAAUAGUCGAGGAAUUCCGGAAGAUUCCUACUUCGAAGAGAUUCGUUCCUUCAUGGGCAAAGUUACCCAGCUACCGAUUCCGCUAAGGAUGCAACCUCAGCACCAUGCGCCGCACCAAUCGCAACUUCACCAGCAACAUUCGCCUCUGGCGGCGCACGUUCAGGCAGCGCAGCAGCAGCAUCAGCAUCAACAGCAGCACCAGCAACAGCAACAACACGCCCAACUGGAUCAGAGUUCUUCCCGCAGCUCGACACCAUCCGAUCCAGCCUCGCCUGCAGGAAGCUCACACAGUGCACAGCUGGAGAUCAAAAUGGAGGCGAACGAUGACGAUGAGGAUGAGGGGGAUCAGGUGCAGGUUACCUGACCGCAGGCUAGCUCCUAUCAAUCCUACGGUCCGGUAUAGAAGAAGGUGAUGGUGAUCGCCGGUCACCUGGUGGCGGUUUUUUGUGGGGUGACUUGUCCUAUGGAAACGUGAAAUUAGUAGGAUCUUUUCAGUCCCAAAAUUUGUCUACGAUAUUUUUUGAACACCUGUCAAAUAUUUUUUCUUACAUAAAAUUAAAGUUUGAGGCCCCGAAUCCGUCACCAAAAAACCAACGCAAUGUUACGCAAUGUACAAUUAAAUGAAAUUCCUGUUAGCACUCGAUAAGAUUAUAACUCUUCUCAUAAAAAACUCUCUGACAGUCCUCGAUCCCCGGUGUGGGAUCAAGGUUCGUCGACUGUAGAUUACCAAUGUAGUCCUUGUAAGCGCUAAUAGUUGUAAAAAAGGGAACCAAUCAAAUCGAACAACUCAAUUGUAGUUUUAUAAAAAUAGAAAUUAUAGUUUGUUUCAUUCGAAUAGUAUUAUGAUAGAUAACGUUUAGCGAUAGAUCGCGUUUUAAAUAGCACUUAUUUCCUCCGAAUAGGGUUCCGGUACAACUCACCCGGUCCCCCGACGGCAGGAGGAAAUACAAAAUACUCGUUUUGCCAUAUGAUCUUUGUUUCUAGCAGCUAGGGUUAGUGAAGACGGCGAAAUUUUAGCAGCAGCAAGUUAUGCACACGUGACACGAAAGAAGCAAAAUAAAAAGUUCAACCAAAGCCAAAUAAGCGAUAUUCGUACUAAAAUUACGUGUAUAUGUGUAUUAUUGCAGAAAAGAAAUAAAAGUUAUGAAAAGAUGACACGUUUUGUAAAGGUUUGAUUUGUUUCUGAAACGAACAAGAACGUUAAAAGUAUUUGUUGAAGUUUAUCAUUGGUUAGUUGAUUAGAUUCCAAGUUUUUGCCCUUGUUAACUCACUUUUACCUAGUUUAAUAUAUUCGAUUGUUACUCAAUUAGUCCUUAGAAGAAGAAGAAAAAUAAGCGGAACGAAAUAAAAACAAUGGCUAUUCAAAACCCCAUUUCCAACGCAAAUGUGAUCUGAACGAAAGUAUUGUUUGUUUUUUGAACCAGUGCCUAGUGAACGAGAGGAAAUCUUAGUGAUAUCGAAGAAAAAUCUUUACCAUAUUCGUCAAAAUAAUUUUCGAUCCUAAAUGUUACACAGAUACAAUUCACAGAAAGUGUUCCUUAUAGAAAAAAGUAUGUUCUUAUAAAUGAGCACCGGUUUACAAGCAAGAAGAUAAGUUACCAUUACAGAACACUAACUUAAUUGAAGAAUCGCUUACCAUUUUUUACUACAGAGGUUAGUUCGUUCGCGCAACGAAGAAUAAGUUUAAACGAGUAUGAGAAACCCUCUCCAUUUCGCACCAUCGUCCCAUCCCCCUUAAAAUCUAACUAAACUAAUUCAAUCCGAAAUAGAAUCGGUAUAUCCUACUGUACUUCUACUCCCAAGCAAUGCUUAAUCAAAUAAAAUCGUCAGCACACAAAACUCCUUAGUCUAAUACGCGAUGCAGGCCGAAUAGUGUUAAAAUCACGCGAUCCAAUCACACGGCGCUCGUCGUUCGUCGAUCUGACAGUGCGAAUCGACAAAUGUGUACCUUUGU